AGAGUUGCCAUGACAACGAGCCAAACAAGCAGGGACAGCCGCUCCUCGCCCCGCCAUGUCCCUUGACAAGAAGCUGACGGAGGUGUUUACUCUCUUCCAGGACAAGGAUAAGAAUGUGGUGUCUGUCAAGGAUGUGCCAACUAUCAUCCGAGUGUUAGGUCUGGUGCCAUCGGAGGCGGAGAUGCGCAAGACCGUGGCGGCCAUGGUGGGGGAGGAGAGCGCCGACACUGUGCACCUUGCAGCCUUCCUUACUAUCGCCAAGAAGCUGCUACUCGACCGACGAUUCCCGGGAGUCGGCAAAGAGGAGCUAGCGAGGGCCCUUGCAGUACUGGCAAAGGAAGGGCGCACUUAUCUGGCAGAGGUUCAUCCCCAGCCGGAGUCGAAGUCUGGUGGCAUGUACGGCGAGGGAAAGAAGACCAUGUUUCGUCCGGCGGGAAGCCUGGGCCGGGAAGAGUUGGUACGGCUGCUGACGUGUGAGGGAGAGGCGCUAACCCAGGAGGAGGCCGAGGAGAUGAUCCUGUCUCUGCCCAUGAAAGACGCAGACCUGGUGGACCUGGACCAAUACGCCACGCAGCUCGUGCCGCCCCCAAAAUUCCACUGAGGCAGCUCAGCUCACCUCUGUUGUUUGUAUCAAAUUAAAUAAAUGAAUUUGACGAC